AGUUGAAUUGUUUCCUAUUACAUUUACAGAUACGUAUCGAAUGAUCAGUCCUACGAUAACGUUUCCGGUAAUAAAUUUUAGUAAAAAUGUAAGCAUUGUCGAAUUUCCCCACUAACACUGUAAACGCAGUCCUAUGUUCGACUCUGAAGUUGUUUUAUCAAACAGAUGUUCCUUCGAGCACGAUAGAAUCAGUUUUUGGGCUCUAGACCUGUGUAAACAGAACGAAACGACGUCUCACGUGACACGUGAAUUCAAUCGCAGAAGAAAAAUUGGAUAGCUGAGCUUCGAAGGUGUCACAUCGCCUGUGGAACUAAACUAGUAUUGCUGGAGUGAGCUUAAUUGAUGUUUGGCCGCCAGUCCGCUCCAAACUGGACUCAGUUCUGGAAUUUUUAAAAGGCGUUAGUGGCAGAGACUUCAGAAUAAAGGGAAGCUAUAUGUUGAUCGACGCCAUUAUGCAAGAGCCCUAUACAAGUCGGCGAUACCGUAACGCGGGAAGGGAAAUGAGCUGUUAACACCUUUCGUCCCAACACCAGUGACAGUUGUAGCCCGUCAUCGAUCAGCAGCUAACAGUCCAACGCCAGGAUGGACAAGAAUGUGAAUGGAAUAAUUCCUCUUUGUAUACCAUUGGACCCCGACUUACAGACUACCAAUUUAGUCUACUGUUUCCAGAACUGCAGCUAAAGAACAUGUUUAGCACGCCCCCUACUGCUGUACAGACUCCCUAAACAGGAAUCCAAAAGGAACCUCCAACCUAUGUUCGUGUCCGCGCCCCCAACAUCGACGGGAGAAGAGCCAGAGCGCUCGACCUGCAUUAUUAUGGCUGAAAGACUUUGUGACUUCAUCGAAUUCACACAGUAGCUCAUUUCCCAUUUCCUAUAUUUGUUUGAUAUACAGUAUCUAAUUGGCGUUGGAAUGUGUUAAUAAGAGGGACAUAAUGUCAUGUAGUGCGACAUGUAUAGGUUUGCGAACCUGCUUCCGACUAAAGCAGUGUUCUGGUACAAUCCGCGCUGUGUUUGCCGUUAUAAGGCACAACCGUGCUUCUUUUGACCGUGCCAUCAUAAUGAAGGUAUACCGUAACAGUUCUUCACAAAGGUGGCAAUUCUCAUCACAUAAACAAGUUAACUCUGCUGCUGAACGUAACAAAGAACCCAUUUUUCAAGUCCUAAAAAAGGUCAUAUCACCUUACAUUGAAGCCACUGGUAAAGAGGACUGUAUUUAUCACUGUCUUGAAAUUUCAUCUGGAAGCGGGCAGCAUGUAGCAUACUUUGCGCCACACUUUCCAUCUGUUGUGUGGCAGCCAUCUGACAUAGAUAUGUCAUCAUUUGGUAGUAUCUCUGCAUACAUAAAAGAUGCACAGGUCUCAAAUAUUAAGCAGCCUGUAUUUAUAGAUGUGCGUGAAGAAUACACCAAAUGGGGAGGAGGCGGUGUAGUAGGAAAGCAGUCAGUGGAUUUCAUCUUAAGCAUCAACCUUAUUCACAUUUCUUCAUUCAUAUGCACUGAACGUCUGUUUCACAAUGCUGGUGAAGUUCUAAAACGUGGUGGCCUACUUUUCACAUAUGGCCCAUAUGCAUUCCAUGGUAAGAUUUCACCAGAGUCAAAUGUCCGUUUUAAUUCAAUGUUGCAAUCCCAAAAUCCUGAAUGGGGUUUACGGGAUAUAGAUCAGUUGACAACGUUGGCAGCUUCUGCUGGUAUGCAUUUGCAUGAAGUUGUUCCAUUGCCAGCUAACAACCAUUGCCUCAUCUGGAAGAAAGAAUAAAAUUGUGCAAGGGAAAAAAUAUUAAUUUGAGGGAACAAAAUUUGCAGUACCAUUGUAUGUUUCAUGUUUCUAACAAAUAGAUUUUCACUAAGUACCGAUACAUUAUGAUUAACACUUCACUAUUUUUAUUUUAUUUCUCCACUUAAUAUUUCACAGCUGUCUAUCAGAUGAAGGUUUUUCUUUUUAAAUACUGUUAUUUAAACAAGGAGAUGCUCCGUCUCCAUUGCUCUCUAACUUUGCACUAGAAUACGCCAUCAGGAAAGUCCAAGAUAGGCAGGA